UGUUGAAAGAGGCGGCCACUUUUCAGAGCAGAGCCAAAACACAACGACCAAAAGCCGCCAACGGUUGAAAAUUUCGAGGCUUCCCAUCGGAAAAAAAUACAAAAAUCUUGAAAAAGUGGUCGGAAUUGUAGUGAAAUCCAAUGAAUACUGUUUAAAGUUGUGAUUGCUUACUGUUUUAUGAGUGUUUGAUGAAAAAAGAAGAAAAUAUGGACGGACUUCGCUGGUCGCGAGUGCUGCUACAAUGGGUCAAGGACUCCCGGCUGGUCGCGUGCGAGUGCGCCAACAUCGAGCAGUGCAACGUGCAGGAGUUUUUCGGGCAGUUUCGGGCCCGGAUGGAACCGACGCUGGCGGUCCGGGAGACCGACGUGGUGGACUUUCUGCGCGUUCACUUUCCACACUACGAGCUGUAUCUGACCGAGUCGGGCCGGAUUGCGGCGCCGGACCAUUAUUACAUAUUUUCGCUGUUGUUGUUCUUUUCGUGCGUGCGCCAUCCGGAACCGUUCUUCCAGCGGAUCUGCAGCGGGUUCGACAAGCCGCAGCAGUACGCGGUGACGGCGUUCCUCAAGUCCAUGCUGGAGGGUAGUCACUUGCGGAAGGAGAUCGACAGGAUGAUGAUCCGGAAGGCGAUUGAGGAUUCGAUGCCUAAGACGAUGAUGCCUCCGGCAUCGCCGAACCCGCUGACGACCGGCCAGAACCAGCAGCAGGAGCACGGCCAAAGCACGCAAAGUUUCCCCUCGUCGACGCGGAUGACCAGCAGCAGCGGCGGCGACGUCACCGACAGUCCACUCCGGCUCGGAACGCGUCCCCUGCGGCUAUCUCCGCCCACCCCGAAGACACUGAUCCUGGACGAGCGAACCCGCCAGCUGAAAGAGCUCAAAGCGCAGCUGGAGGCGGAACGGUACGAGAAGGGCUACCUGGAGGUGCAGCUCAAGCAGCUGCAGGACAAGAACGAAAAGUUCCUCGAGGACAAGCGCAAACACCUGAAGGAGAUCCGGGAGUUGCGGGCGGAGUUGCAGUCGUGCAACCGGGAGAACGAGUCGCCCAACAAGCGGCGCGUCGAGGACAACAAGGUGGCGCGGUUGGAGCGGCAGCUGGCGGAGAAGGAGGAGGCGCUGGACCGGUUGCGAAUUGAGUUGGAGACGGUCGGCGAGAAUAAUCGGAACGCGACGGAGAUGAUCAACUACCGCAACAACCAAAUCCUGGUCCUCAAGGACAAAAUCUGCGAACUGGAGGGCUCGAUCGUCACGCUCUCCGAAUGUCUCGAAAAGCGCGACGAAAUGAUCAAGUACCUGCGCGAAAACUGCGAAGACCUGCAAAACUUUAUCGACGAGAACCGCCUGCAGCAGCAACAACAGCAGGGCAACGGUUCGGAACCGACCCGCUCGGGCGGCGGCGAUCUUCUGAACACCUCCUGCGACAUGCUCGAGUUGAGCUCAACCGGGACGACUGGAUCGCUGAUUAGUCCGGAGAAUAUGGCUUACGCCGUUGUGGACGUUCAGCUGAAGGAGAAGGAGGCGGAGAAUGCGCUGCUGAAGCGAUCGCUCGAGAUGAUCGAGCAGGAGAAGGUGCGGGUGUCGGCGCUGGUUGGGCAGUUCUUCCGGCUUUAUGGGGACGUGGUGGGGAAGUUGCCCGUUGAGAGUGUGGAGGGGGGUGGGUUCGUGGAGAAGAUGCAGAGUUUUAAGGUGUGCUAUGAGACGUUGUUUGAGGAGCACGGGAAGUUCCGGGAGGGGAAGGUGGUGCUGGAGGAGCGGAACGAGGCGUUGGAGGAGGAUGUGAGGCAGCUGAGGGGGGAGUUGGUUGCGGUGACGGGGGUGUUGAGGAAGCUGGAGAGUCACUCGGCGGAGAUUGAGAAGGAGUUGGGCGCGGUGAGGAAGGCUGCUGGCGAGUAUCAACGGUUGAGUUCGGAGAGGGAGGAGCUGUUGGUGAAGCAGAAGCGGGACUACCUGAAGUUGAUCGCGGAAAAGGACGCGAUCAGUGGGGAUCACUUGACGCUGAAGGUAGAGCACAACAGCUUGAAGGGAGAGUACGACACGAUCACGCAGAAGAUCGACUAUUUGAUGGUAUCGUUGAACGAGGACUACGAGGGAAGUGACUUUUCGUCGUGGUUCGACAAGAUGGACGAGUUGAGGGAGCGGCUGGCGACGCUGAAGGACGAAAAGGAGCGGCUGGAGACGAUGAACAUGAAGAUCUUGAUGGAGAAGGUCGCGCUCGAGAAGGAGAUCAGCAACGGGGAGUUGAGCAGGGUGAAGCUGGAAGGGUUGAACUCGGAGGCGGAAGCCAAGAUCGCUGCGCUUGAGGUACAGCUGAAGCAGGUUCGGGAAAGUCUGGGUGAGCGGGAAGCCAGCGUUGAAUGUCUGGAGAAGCAGAAGGCCGAUCUGGAGGAAACUUCGCAGAGUCUCUCCAGCGAACUUGAGGAAGCUCAGAGCGCACUCCAAGGAGCACUUGGCAAGCUGAAGUUCAGCGAAGAAUCGCUGCAAGUUACGCAGGAUCAACUUGCGCGAGCAGAGCAAGACUUGGUCCAGGCUAACGAAGUCAACGGCUCCGCUGAAAAGCUGCUCGAAGAGCAGCGAAGUACGAUCCUCAAACUCCAGGAAUCUCUUCAACGAAACUCCGAGCAAGACGAGGAACUCCUGCAGCAGAUCGUCUCCCUCGAAGAGGAUUUGCGCAGCAAAUCGGAGCAGCUCGACCAAGUCAGCGCGAAGAUCGCCGACCUUUCCAGCGAUCACGCGCAAGCGAUCGAGCAGAAGAACCAACUGGACCAGCUCAAGAUCACCCUGGAGCAACGUCUCCUCGAAUCCCAAACCAAGAGUUCCUCCCACAUCGACACGCUCGAAGCGGAGCUUCGCAACCUGCAGCAAACCCUCGAACAAUCAGAAGCACGCGAUCGCGCCCAGCAAGAUCAGCUGGCGGAAGCGCGCGUCCAGCAGCAACUGCUCACCAACUGUAACGACGCCCUCCUCGCCGGCAUGAACGUCCUCCAGGACAAGAUCGCCUCGCUCGAUCGCCGCUACAAGUCCAAGAACGUCGGCCUGACCGCCAAGCUCGAUCAGAUCGCCGACCUGCUGAAGAAGCUGUCGGCGGUGCAGUUUAAACUGAGGCUGGAGAAGAGUUCGCUCGAGGAUACGGUUGAGGAGUUGAGGCGGGAGUUGGAGGCGGCGAAGCAGCGGACGGAAAUGUUGGAGGUGAGCGAGAGUACGCUGAAGGAGGUGGUUGAAGGGUUGCGAUCGGAGAAGAUCGCGUUUGAGGAGGAGCUGAGCGAUGCGGCGGAUCGGUUGAAACUGGAGAGCAAGGUCGUUGAGCAGCUGCGGGAAGAUUUGGAAGCGGUGGGAGUGGAGAAGACGAGCCUGAAGGAACAGCUUGACGGAACGAUCAAGUUGACGGAGCAGCUCAAAGAAGAGAUCAGCGUGAAGGAAGCUGGGCGAUCGCUGCUCGAGUUGCAACUUGCGGAGAAGGCCGAGCAGCUGCGCGACCUGUCCAACGAACGUGACGAGCUGGAGAUCAAGUGCAGCAAGCUGGAGGUCGACCUGAAGGACACGAUCAACACCUUGGAGACCCAGAAGCAGCUUACCGCCAAGACGUCCCAAGCCAACGUCGAAGUCGAGCAGCAGCUCGAAGCGAUCCGCUCGAACUUGAUCGCGGUGGAAACCGAUCGCGAUCGCGUCCAGCAGGAACUCCAGGAAACCCUCGACGAACUCAACGCGAAAUCCGCCACCGUCUCCCGACUCUGCUCCGACAAGGAGCAGCUCGAGCAGAAGAUCCAGGAACUCGCGGAAGCCCUGACCGCAACCCGGCAGCGCAGCUCCUCGCUUCAGGAGUCGCUCGAUCGCGAGCAGGAAAAGUGCGAAGAGCUGACCUGUCAACUCGCGAACCUCAACGCCCAAUUGGGCGCCGUUGCGCAGGAAGUGACCCGGCUGACGGACGAGCAGGAAGAGCUGCUGACCGCUCACGAAGCGCUCAAAUCGAAGCGGGACAGCUUGGCCGAGCAGGUCGAGGAGCUGACCGAAUCGGUGGCGGUGCUGGAGGAAGAUCGGGACACGCUGCGCGAGGAAAAGUGCCGGCUGGAGGCCGAGUGCGAGCGGGUUGACGGGGAGCGGGAAGCGCUCGGGGAGCAGUGCGGGAAGUUGCUCGGGGAGUUGGCGCGGAAGAACGAGGCGGUUAGGAAGCUGGAGGAAGGGGUUAAGGGAUUGGAGGGCAAGCUUGGGGCGAUGAUCGAGGAGAAGCUGGCAGUCGACGAGAAGGUUCGGCAGCUGGAGGAGACAAAUAGGACGCUGGAGGGUGCGCUGUCGGAGAAGGGAGCGGUCGAGGGGAAGGUCGUUGAGCUGGCUAAAGCCGUGGAGCAACUGCAGGCGGAGAAGAGUACGCUGGAAACGGACAAAGGCGCGUUGACGAAAGAGAUUGAAGAUCUGAAGAAUGAGCUGAACACGCAGGAAACGUCGAAGAAGCAGCUUCAAGAGGAAAUCGAGACGAUGCGAACUUCCAACGGAAGCUUGACGGAAAAGCUGGAGCAAGUUACCGAACAACUCCAAGAAACAUCCAGCAAGGUCGAAGUUCUGGAAGCGAACGUCGAAGAACAGACGAAGAUCAUCGCCGCAAAGGAUACCGAAAUGCUGGAGAAGAACGCAGCGGUUGAGGAGAUCCGGAAGAACCUGCUUGCUGUCGAGGAAUCGAUGCAGGCGAAGGUCGAGGAACUGACUUCCGUUUCGGAGCACUUGCUGGUUAAAAUCAAGGAGCUGGAAGCGGCUCAAAGUGCGAAGCAGGUGGAAGUUCUACAGCAAACGGCGUCGAUCGCGACCGUUCAGAAGGAGUGCCAGGAGGCCCGGGAACAACUGGAAGCAGUGCUGGAGGAGAAGACGAAACUUAAGCUGAAGAUCGAAGCUUUGAGCGCUGAACUAGACGGUUGCGUUAAGGAAGUCGGCGAAGCCGAGAGCACGAUCAAGCUGAAAGAUCAGGAGAUCAGGACGACCGUUGAAGCACUGACGGCAGCGGAAGCUGCUUCCGCUGAACUUGUUCAGCAAUUACAAGGAGUCAAGGCGGAUAAGCAGACCCUGGAAACACAGCUGGAAGCGCUGCGAAACGAACUGGAUAGCAAGCAGCAAGACCUGGAGCAGUUCUCGACCAAGCUGACCGACACGGAAGACUCGUCGCAAGCACUAGACAAGCAACUCAAGGAACUCCUCACCGUCAGAACCACCCUGCAAGCGGAAGUCCAGCAGCUAACCAACCAACUCGCUGAACAAAAGAAUCUAAACCAAACCCAGCAAGCAACCGUCCUUGCGAAGGAUCAAGAGAUCGCCCAACUUACCGCAGGACUCGACCAGAUCAAGACGUUCCAGCAGCAGCUCGAGGAGAAGGUGACCGACUUCGAGCAGGUCGUGUCCGAAAAGGACGAAGUCGAGACGCAGCUGGUCAAGGCGCAGAACGAGCUGGAGCUUCUCGGUGAAGAACGAGCCAAACUCGCGACGGAACUCGAGAAGCUCACCGAGGAGAAGGCGGACGUCGAUCGGCGCUUGAUUCAGCAGCUUCAGGACUACGACACGCUGAACGAAGGCUUCAUGAGCGAGCGGGACGCCAAGGAGACGAUGGUUCGCCAGAUGAAGACGCUGUUCGAUGAGAAGCAAGCCGUCAAGUCACAGCUGACGGCCAAGGAGAAGCAGCUGGAGAAGGUGAAGCGGGAGAUGGACGAACUGUUCGGCAAGAACAAGCAGAUGGACUCGCUGUCGCAAGAGCUGAUGACACUCAAGGUGGAGAAGACCGAACUGGAAGCGAAGAAGGAGGAGCUGUUCGAGGCGAUUGAGCACAAGGAAAUCCAGGAGAAGGCGCUGCAGGAGAGCGUAGAUCAUCUGCGAGAAAGCCUGAAGACGAAACAGCAAGAGAUCGAAGCACUGAACUCGGACAUGAGCAACCUGAAGGAAUCCCUGCACAACAUGAAGAUCGAAAACAGCAAACUCAAGUCCGCACAGGAACUCCAGCAAACCAAGAUGCUCAACCUGGAGAUGAAAAACUCCGAGCAGGGUAAGAAGAUUGACCAGCUGGAGGCGACCCUCAGCAAGACGGAGAUCAGCCACCUGGAAGACAACACCAAGGCGACGUCCCUCCUCAAAGAACUCGAGCAGUACAAGCUGUACGAAACACGGCUCGUACAGCUGGAGGACCUGCACCGCAAGGAGAAGGAAAUCAACGCGCAGUGCGUGCGCGACAACGACAUCCUGAGCGCGAAGCUGAAGCGCAACCGCAAGCAAACCGAAGAGAAGGAGCAGCAGUGGCUGCUCGAGAAGCAGAAGCUGCUGGAGAAGAUGACCGACAGCGGCAAGACGGCCGAGGAGAAGGUCAAGGAGACGCGCAUCGAGUACGAGGGCAAGCUGGAGAAGAUGAAGGAGAAAAUGAAAUCGCUGUACAACGACGAAAUGGAAAAGAUCCGAACCAAGCACGAGAAGGACUUUUUGGCCCUCAAGGUCGAGCUUCAGCAAGAAAUCAAGAAGUUCGAAAAGCUCCAGCUCCAGGCGACCAAGCUGCAGCAGCAGCUCAGCAUCGUCAACGACAAGAACCUGGACCUGAUGAAGGAGAACGAGUUCUGCAAGUCGAAGCUGCGCAUCAUGGAGGAGAUCCGGGACGAGCGCAAGUCGAUGUUGCCGCCGCCGGCCCACGCCCGGCUCUGCUCGAACCUCAAGAUGGAGGACGAAGAGGGGGAGAUCUUCAACAACACCUACCUGACGGAUCUGAAGGCGGGCCGGAUGACGUCGCCGGUAUUCGGGGGGCGCGAGUCCGUUCGGUACUCGGAGCUGCAGCAGCGCAACUCGAUGCAACCGCCGCACCUGAAGAGCAGCUACCUGCCGCAGUACACCGAUGGGGAUCUGACGGAUGACGAUCGGGACGCCGCCUCCGUAAACCUGGACGACAGCAGUACAAGCUUGAUCUCGCGCCGCAAGCAGGGCGGUACGACCUCGUACAAGCGGCCCGGCCCCCCAACACCCAGCAAGAAGGCCGGUCGCCUCUCCUUCGGCGGUUCCCUUCCCACCAACGACUUUCAGUACAAGGAGAUCGCCAACAACGCCAGCUCCAACUCUGGAACGACUUCGACGUCGUUGGCCAGCCGGCUCAGCUUUGGCGGUGGACGCAAGAGCAACGUGGACUCGUCGACGGUGCUGCCGGGACCGGCGAGUGGGACGCUGGCCGAGCUGAACGCCCGCCGGAAGACGCCCGGCAAGUUUAAGCAGAUGUUCAGCUCGUCGAACCUGCUGAACACGCUGCACAAGGACGAGAACACUCCGCCGCGGAGACGCUUAAGCCUGUUCAAUAAGAAUAAGAAGUAGAGACGAGGGGCUUACAGGGAAAAGAGUCCCAAUAUUUCAAAAACUUUUAUGUACAAAUUAGUGAUUUAGCUUCGCUUUAGUGUUAAGGUGUGUGGGCAUUACUAGCAAUAGGAGCUUUCGUUUGUUACUUUAAAAACACGUUACAGAGUAUCGAUUCUUUAAACAAUAAAAAGAAUCAAUCU